AUGGAAGAUGCCAAGGCUGGGUCAGAUGGGAUUGCUGAUGCCGAGGAUAACUUAGGCGAGAGUGAAGUCCGCGAGGCUCACUUGGCAAAGUCCUUGUUUUUCAUCCGGAUUGGGGACAAGGAGAAAGCCCUGGAACAUCUCAAGAUAACAGAAACCAAGACUGUUGCAGUGGGCCAGAAGAUGGACUUGGUGUUUUAUACGCUGCAGCUUGGUUUCUUUGACAUGGAUUUUGAUCUAAUUUCCAAAAGCGUUGACAAAGCUAAAAGCUUGUUUGAAGAAGGUGGAGAUUGGGAGAGGAAGAACAGACUGAAAGUAGUUUCCUUGAAGCAAAAGGUAGUGGAUGCUCCUGAGAUCUUGACAGUGAUUGGCAAGAUCCCGCAUCUGUCAGAGUUUUUGAACUCCCUGUAUGAUUGUCAAUACAAGUCUUUCUUCUCAGCAUUUGCUGGCUUGACGGAGCAAAUUAAGUUGGAUCGCUAUUUGCAUUCACACUUCAGGAGCUACUAA